AUGUGGGUUCUGGACAAGAUCCGUGGGUCAGUAGAGACCACUGUUCUCCGGCGGGGGGAGAAUGGGGACAAGGACGGCAAUACUCCAGUCUACAGCAACGUCCUCACCCCUGAUAAGAUCCCUGACUUCUUCAUUCCCCCCAAGCUGGUCUGCUGCCCCCCAGAGCCUGAGACCCUGGACGUCGUCAAGCCCAAGGAGGGGCUGCGGCCCUCGGCCUCUGAGCAGAACAUUGGCAGUAAGAAAAUCAGCAGCCCUCGCAGCCCGCGUCUGGUUGCCAAGCUGGCUGGAGACACCAAGAACCUGUUGAGGGCCGCCAACCGUCACAUUAUCCAGAUAGAGAGCGCUGAUGACGUGGUGGCAGAGGACACAAACGCUGACCCUCAGUCUCAGACCGCUAUGUCACUGCCCUACGUCCCCAAGACCCAGACUUCCUAUGGUUUUGCCACUUUGAUGGAGAGCCCCCACACCCGCCGCAAGGAGUCCCUUUUCCACUGUGACCAGACCAGCCCCCUGACCUCUCCCAACUCCCAGAGGAAGGGGAAGAGCAGCGUUAGCGAAUGCAACCACCUCAACCCCCCUGACUUCAACGCCUCUCACAACCCGUACCGCUACUUUAGUGGAGGGGAGAGUGAUACCUGUUCCUCGGCUGAGUCCUCUCCCUUCAACUCCCCACUUCUCUCCCGCUCUGCCUCGCUGCUCAAAGUCUUCACCCACGAGACACAGGCCAAGGUGGUGAAAGCCAAGAGGACGUUUGCCCGCCACAGCUCCUUGUCCACAGACGAGUGCAGCUCGACCGAGCCCAGUCCCAACGUGCUGCGGCGCCUCCACUCCUCUUCACUCCAUGGCGGUGGGCCGUCGGACCGAGAGCACACAGUCAACCUACACAAGGGUGGCAGGGUGAGGCUCAGCGCCGACUACGAUGCUGGCACGGCCCGCCUGCGCAUCCGCAUUCUGGCUGCCGAAGAGCUCUACGACAAGAUGUACGACAUUAAGAGUAUCAACUGCUGCGUGUCACUGUACCUCAACCCUGGCAAGCUGCAGAAACAGAGGAGCACUAUCAUCAAGAACAGCCGAAAUCCUGUGUUCAACGAGGACUUCUUCUUUGACUCUGUGACCUCAGUGCAGGUGAAGAACCUAGCAGUGAAGAUCAAGGUGGUGAAUAAGGGCACCAGCCUGAAGAGAGACACUCUGCUGGGGGAGAGAGAGAUCCCUCUGGGGAAGCUGCUCCAUGGCCUCUAG